AUGGGGGAGAUCCUACAGAGGUUAGAUACAAUUGAAAAUAAAGCAAACCAUGAGGAAGGAAAUAAUUCUCGACAUCAUGACAAGGAAAGAGAUAGGAGCCCUAGGAGAGAGACAAGAAGACCAGAUAGUGGUUCUAUUGCUCACAUGAGGGAUUUACUUAGGGCUAAGAUACCUCUUUUCUUUGGCAAUGAGGGGGGAUCUACGGCAGAAACUUGGAUAUUUGAUCUUGCAAGAUGUUUCACCAUGCACCCUUUUAGUAGCAAUGUUAAAGCUAGAUGUGCCAUUAUGCACUUAAGAAAGUUUGCUUCAACAUGGUGGCGAAUGGAGGAAGAAAAAUUCCAAGUCAACAUAGACACCAUUUCUUGGGAAUUAUUUUUAGAAAGCUUUCAAGAUAGAUUCAUGUCAGAUCAAUGGAGACAGGGUAGAGCAGAAGAAUUCCAUCACCUAAAGCAAAACAACAUGUCGGUUGAAGAUUAUGAGCGAAAGUUCUAUGAACUUAAGCCCUUCUCAAGUUACAAGGAGGAUGGACCUAUGUUGGUGCAACAUUUUAUUAGGGGAUUGAAUGACCAUAUUUCUAGGGAUGUAGUGGUCUUUGAACCAAAGAGUCUUCGAGAUGCAAUAGCCAAAGCCUUUCUGGUUGAGAGGAAUGUUAAUUUGGGUUUAGGAGGCUAUUUUGGCAAUCGAGGAGGAUAUUUCUCACACAAGAAAAAGUCCCAAAAUUACAAUCAGAGUGGUAGAAAAUUUCAAUACCAACAAAAUCAUGGUAAUUCUCACACCCAGCAAAAGUAUACCCCUCAACCAUCCCGAAAUUCUCAGAACAUUAAUAAAGGGAGUUACCAGCAAUCGAGUGCACCAUCUACAAGAAAUUUUGUGAGAAACACAGGUUGCUAUUCUUGCGGGCAGCAUGGGCAUAUUGCAGUACAUUGUCCUCAACGCACCAAUUCCCUCGCAAACCAGAAAAAGGCAGCCUCUGAACCCAUGGUAGGAAAUGCAGGCCAGUCCCAUAGAAUAUUUGCUGCAAUAGAGAAAAAGCAUACUGAUCACCAAGGCACAGUUAUUGAAACCACGGGUUCAUUAAAGGGUAAAACUAUAUCUAUUUUAUUUGAUUUUGGAGCAACUGAUUCCUUCAUAUCUCCAUCCUUAGUAGAAAAGUAUGGGCUAGUGGCAAAAGGGCAAGGAGUUAAGUGGCAGGUAGAACUAGCCUCUGGGACCAAAAUGACCACAGAUUUAUGUGUCCAAGAAUGUGAAUUGGGAUUAGGACCCUUCACUACAAAGGUAGACCUUCAUGUAAUCCCUCUCGGCUCUUAUGGGGUUGUUUUAGGUAUGGAUUGGCUAGAGGAGCAUGAAUCCAACAUAGAAUGCAGAAAGAAAACUAUAUAUUGUAUUGAUGAUUUUGGUGAGCAUAGAGUGAUAGUAGGUAUUCAGCGACCCAUAUCUCUCCAUAUGAUAUCUGCAAUGCAACUCAAGCAAUGCAUGCGAAAGGGAAGUCAAUUUUUUGCAGUAUCAGUUAAUGAUCUUGAUGAAGAGGAAAGUAAGGAAGUAACACUUGAUCACCCCUUUCUUCAAGAGUUUGUUGAUGUAUUUCCUAAGGAAAUCCCAGGAAUGCCUCCAAAAAGGGGUAUUGAUUUUCAUAUCGACUUGGUACUGGGAGCGGAACCCAUCUCCAAGGCUCCAUAUCAGAUGACUACUCAGGAACUAAGUGAGUUAAAGUUACAAUUAGAGGAACUAUUGGAAAAGGGUUUUAUUAGGCCGAGUGUAUCACCAUGGGGUGCUCCAGUGAUUUUUGUGAAGAAGAAGGAUGGUUCUCUCAGGCUUUGUAUUGAUUAUCAAAAACUCAAUAAAGUUACCAUUAAGAAUCGAUACCCACUACCCCGUAUUGAUGACUUGUUUGAUCAGAUGAAAGGGGCAAAGGUAUUUUCCAAAAUUGACCUUAAGUCAGGAUACCACCAGCUAAGGAUCCUCAAGGCCGACAUCUAUCGUACAGUCUUCCAUACUCAAUAUGGCCACUAUGAAUUCACUGUGGUGCCUUUCGGUCUAACUAAUGCUCCUUUAGUAUUUAUGAGCCUUAUGAAUGGAGUAUUCAGAACUUACUUGGAUAAUUUUGUGAUAGUUUUCUUAGAUGAUGUACUGGUGUACUCAAAAAUAGUGGAAGAGCAUGAACAACAUCUACGCCAAGUGUUACUAUGCCUACGAGAGAAUCGGUUAUAUGCUAAUGUUGAGAAAUGUGAGUUCUUUCAAACUGAAGUUAAGUAUCUUGGUCAUGUUAUCUCGGGGGGAGGAAUAUCUGUGGACCCAACAAAGAUUCAAGCCAUAGUAGAAUGGCCAACACCCGCUAAUGUCUUAGAAGUUCGUAGUUUCAUGGGCCUAGCCAGCUAUUAUCAAUGUUUUGUUAUGGGUUUUUCCAAGAUAGGUCAUCCUAUCACUUCCUUACAGAGGAAGGGGAAGAAGUUUAUUUGGACCGAAAAAUAUGAAGAAGCUUUUCAAUGUUUAAAGGAGAAGCUAGCCAGUGCUCCAAUUUUGGCAAUACCUAACCCCUCAGAAGAUUUUAUGGUCUGCACAGAUGCUUCCUUGGAAGGCAUAGGGGCAGUAUUAAUGCAGGAAGGAAAAGAAAAUAUAGCUGUGGAUGCCUUGAGAUGUAGGAGGCAUGAGAUAUCAACAGUAAUAGUUGAAGUUGAUUUGAAGAGAAUGAGGAGAGACAUAGCAGACUUUGUAUCUUGUUGCCUUGAGUGUCAAAGGGUGAAGGUAGAGCACCAGCAUCCAGCAAGAUAUUUACAGUCCCAUGCAGUUCCAGAAUGGAAAUGGGACAUCAUUUCUAUGGAUUUCAUAGUUGGCCUACCUACAUCUUCGCGACGUCAUGAUGCCAUUAUGGUUACCGUUGAUCGAUUGACUAAGGUCGCUCAUUUUUCUCCUCUUAGAUCUUCAUAUACAGCAUCUUCAGUAGCACAGAUUUUUGUCAGAGACAUUGUUAGAUUACAUGGAAUUCCACGUAAGAUUAUUUCAGAUCGGGAUCCAAAAAUAUAUUCCAGAUUUGACACAUGUAUUGGAUUGGACUUCUUUAUAGGUCAUGGAUGGGCAGCUGGCUUUGGAGCCAAUAUGUAUACUACAGCAGUGGACCCUGACCCUCAGGGGGUGCACCAUAGAGCAGGUCAUGGAUGGGCAGCUGGCUUUGGAGCCAAUAUGUAUACUACAGCAGUGGACCUUGACCCUUAG